AUGCCCAAGUCAAAGCGCUCGAAAGUCGUGUCCCUGACAAAGGUCACCAAGAAGACCAGGGAACAUAAAAAUGCACUGCUAAAGGAGGUGCAAGAAAAUGCAGACAAAUGGGAGUACUGCUGGUUGUUCGAGGUGGGGAACAUGCGAAAUUCGCAUCUCAAAACUGUGCGAAAACUAUGGAAAGACUCUGCACGGAUGUUCUUUGGUCGAGGGGCAGUCAUGGCGAAGGCUAUAGGCACAACACCGGAGGAGGAGUACCGCAUGGGAUUGCAUAGAUUAGCCAAGCAAAUAAAAGGCCAAGUUGGCCUCUUUUUCACGUCCACACCACCGGACGAGGUCAUCGCAUGGUUCGACGACUUCAAGCAGCCCGAUUUCGCGCGCGCAGGCAACACGGCCUCCCGCACCGUCACGCUUCCCGCGGGGCCGGUCAUGCAGCAGCAUUCAACGCCUCCCGAGCCGUUCCCGCACAACGAAGAAGCACAGCUGCGCAAGCUCGGCCUGCGCACAAAGAUGCAACGGGGCGUGCCGACCCUCGAGACUCCGCAUACGGUGUGCGAGGAGGGAAAGACGCUCAACGCAGAGCAGGCGCAGCUGCUGAAACUCGUGGGCAUCAAGAUGGUGCGAUUUAGGGUGGGACUAAGGGCUAGGUGGGAGGCCGCGAAUGGGGAGGUCGUACAGUUGGGCGAGACGGAAAUCGCGGAGGAUGAGGUUAAGACGGGCGAGGAGGCGGAUGGGGAGCAGGAGCAGGGGGAGGAGGCGGAUGAGCUGAUGAGUGAGUAG